AUGAAGGUUCCUUUUUGGUCUGUGGGUUUUCGUCCGUUGUGGAAAUUGUUUCAGAAAGGAAAAGUCGCACAACCCGUUGUAAGUGACGAUUCGCUUUCAAGCGAAGAGGAAGUUCAGCCGCGGAAGGCCUUUACACCAAAGAAGGCAGCUGUACAAAGCAAGAAACCAGGACCGGGAGCCGUGGAGUCGUCGGAUGACAGCUCCGAUGAAGACCAGCCAAGUGCCGCCGUUGUGAAGAAAGCAGUGGCAGCGAAAACAGGAAGUGCGGGGAAAAACGGAACAACGAAAGGGCAGUCAAGAACGCAGGAAUCGUCAGACUCGAGCUCUUCUGAAGAGGAAAUUCCAGCCAUGAAGAAGAAGGUUGGGACAGCAGCGAAGCCUUCUACGCCAGUGAAGACACAAUCAGCUAUUAGAAAGGAUUCGGACUCUGAAUCUUCGGAAGAUGAUGUGCCUACGAAAAAGGUUGUUGCUCGAGCGAAGAUAGCCCCUGCUCAGAAGAAACCCGUUCCUCAAGAUUCGAGCUCGGAUGAGUCUUCAGACGAGGAUGAACCCUCCAGGAAGCCGACACCUAAGGCAAAGGCUGCUCCUGCUAAAAAGAAGCCUGUUGCUCAAGACUCUUCUUCUGAGGAGUCCUCAGAAGACGAGCCUCCCGCCAAGGUUUCAGCAAAAGCUAAAGCUACACUGGCGCAGAAAAAGCCUGUCAAGCCUGAAGAGUCUUCUGAGUCUGACGAUGACUCUUCCGACGAUGCACCUCCACCUAGAAAGGCUCUGCCUGGAGCUAAGCCGGCUCCCCAAAAAAGGCCAGCGCCUCAGGAUUCGGACUCUGAUGAAUCCUCUUCCGAAGCGGAGACUUCACACAAAAAGCCAAUGCUCAAGGCAAAGGCAGCACCGCAGAGGAAAGGGGUGGCUCAAGACUCGGAUACUGACGACUCUUCAGACGACGGUCCCCCGGCGAAGAAGGCUACGGCUAAGGCAAAGGCCGCACCUGCUCAGAAGAAAUGCGCGCCUCAGGACUCUGAUUCUGACGACUCAUUAAGGGAUCUUCCAUCAAAAAAACCAGUGCCGAAGGCAAAGGCGACUCCCCAGAAAAAAGCCUCCAAGCCACAGGACUCCGACUCCGACGAGUCGUCGGAAGACGAGCCCCCAGCUAAGAAGGUGGCGGCGAAAGAUAAGGCAACACCUCAGAAAAAGGUCAUGACUCAAAACUCCGAUUCCGAUGAGUCGUCCUCUGAAGAGGAGGUGCUGGCUAAGAAAAGUGCAGCGAAGACGAAGGCAGCACCAACGAAGAAGCCUGUUGAGGACUCGGACUCCGACGAGUCCUCUGAAGAGGAAAAGCCAGCCAAGAAGCCGACCCAGAAGGCAAAAGUGCAGGCAGCAGCAAUGGAUAUCGAUGCGCCAGCUACUAAACGCAAACAGGAUAGCCAGCUCCAGCAAGGCCCUAAGAAGAAACUACAGCUUAGCGACCAGUCCUCAGCAGCUCGCAUGCGAUGCGAGGUUUUUUGUGGGGGCCUCCCGUUCUCCGUAACCGAGGAUCAACUGAAGGAGCUGUUCGAGGCAGAUUGUGGCCCGACCACACGCAUAAAAAUUCUGGAGGAUAGAGGCAUUGCAUUUAUCACUUUUGAGACUGAAGAAGGCGCGGCAAAGGCAGUGGAGUUCAACCAGACAGAGUACGAGGGACGUAACCUUCGCAUUAAUCUCUCAGCAGACAGACAACAGCAGGGCGAUCGGAACCGCAAUGAAGGAGGAAAGGGUGCCGCCACCCCCAGGGAUGACCGCCCUAAGGCAGAGCCUUCAAACCAAAUCGUCUUGAGAAAUCUGAGCUUUGACACCACAGAGGAGACUAUCCGCGAGGCGUUUGGCGAAUGUGGUGAUAUACAUGCAGUGCGCAUCCCUGUGUUUGAGGACAGCGGCAAGCCGCGUGGCCAGGCCUUCUUAGAGUUCGAUUCAGUGGAUUCCGCCACAAAGGCGCUAGAGUACAACAACACAGAGCUUGACGGCAGGACGAUUUGGGUUGCAUAUGCAUUGCCAAGAGGAGCUGGCGGAGACCGGGGUGGCAGAGGUGGACGUGGGGGCAGGGGUGGUGGUGGUGGAAGAGGCGGAGGGCGUGGUGGCGGCCGUGGUGGAUUUCGCGGACGGGGAGGCGGUCCGCCCUCUUCUGCCAAGGCGGCGAACGCUGGCAAUGUGCAGGAAUUUCAAGGCAGGAAGACCACCUUCGAGGACAGCGACUGA